CAAACGGCACCGGGCCCCAUUCUGCUGAUAUGCAAAUCCGCCUCAUCUGGGUAUCAAAGGCUCGCCUCACUCUGCACAUUUUGCUAAUCGAUAAAUACUUUGACGGUGCGGCGCUUCGGCAAGGACUGAGCAUCGCCGAGCAUCGCCAUGGGGAAGAUCACCUUCUACGAGGAGAAGAAAUUCCAGGGCCGCUGCUACAACUGCAGCAGCGACUGCGCGGACCUGCACUCCUACUUCACCCGCUGCAGCUCCAUCCGGGUGGAGAGCGGCGUGUGGGUGAUCUACGAGAGGCCCAACUACAAAGGCUUCCAGUACAUCCUCUGCCCGGGCGAGUACGCCGACAACCAGCAGUGGAUGGCCUUCAGUGACAGCGUCAAAUCCUGCCGCGCCAUCAAGAACGUAAGAGUCGAUUCAUUUGAACUCUCCCACUCCGACAUUUGCCCCAAUUUGAAACAUCUUGACAUGCUUCAGGGUUUCGAGGCGAUUCCAAGUUCAUUGAGCAAAGGCAACGUUAUUUACAGCCAGCAG